AUGUAUCCUUCCCCUUACAACGCUACCAGUCCACCAGCCGUACAUCGUGCCACAUCAGCCGCCUCAGCAGCAGCAGCAUUUCGACGAUCUUCAGCAGUCAACAACAAUAACACACCAAGACGACAAAGCAAUUCCAGCAACAGUGGCGCAACCCCCACAGCGCAUUCCGUGUCUCGUCAAGGCUCCGUAGAAACCGAUCGCGAAGGAAGUGUACCCAAUAACCCCACCACUGAAGAAAACGAAGAAGCCAGUAGCAAUGCACAACCUGAAUCACAGCAGCAACCUGAAGCCGAUGCAGAGGAUGACGAUGAGAACAAGGAAGAUCUAUUGGCAGCCGAUAUGGAUGCCUAUAUGCAAGCACAAAUGGAAAAACAAAAGGAGGAUAUGAAGUUACUGCUUGAGAACUUUUCCAAUGAUCAGUUACAACGUUAUGAAGCAUAUCGACGAUCAGCAUUGAAUCGGACCAAUGUCCGCAGGCUGGUCAGCCAAGUAUUGAAUCAACAAUGUUCGCAAACCAUGGCCAUUGUAGUCGCAGGCUUCUCCAAAGUAUACGUUGGCGAGAUCAUAGAGAAAGCACGUGAAGUGAUGGAAGAAUGGGGAGAUGCUGGUGCUAUUCGACCUGAACAUUUAAGAGAAGCACAUCGAAGGUACAAGUUGGAACGUGAAGCUCAAUCCAAUGUUGGGAAAACUCUCUUUCGACGAUAG